ACGAUGCCAAUCUUAUCAUUUUUCUUUGUAGAAGGUGAGAUUCCAUCUGUUCGUAUCGGGAAACUUUAUUAUUCUGCAAGUAUUAGUGAAUCAGUGACCCUACAGUGUGCUGUUACCUCCAGCCUUACUGUUACCAGUGUUUACUGGUACAAAAUCGUUUAUGGUAAAAUGAAAAUACUGAAUUCAACAUCCAGUGGUAUCAGCGGAAGUUCUAUUUCCAACCCGUCUCUUACAAUUAUUAAUGCUGCCUUGUGUGACCAAGGACAAUACACAUGCCUUGCUACAAACAUCCUAGGUGUAGGUCAGAGUGCAAACACUAGCCUCAGCAUCAACAUGAUCAAUGGAAGUACCAUCACACUGUAUCCAAAGGACUGUGGUGAUCUUCCAAUUUGUGCGGAUUCAGGGGUCUACACGAUUUCCCCGAUCUCUAAUUACUCUGUCGAUGUUUAGUGUGAAAUGAACAUUGCUGAAGGCGGAUGGACGGC